UUUUGCCACAGUGAAGGAAGCUUCCGCCGGAAGUGGGAGCGAUGGCGGACGACACGAUGAAAACAGAUGUGUCCACAGACCUCAAGAAACCUCGUCCAAAGAAAGCUCCUGAGCUUCCCAUUUUGGAGAGGAGAAACUGGCUUAUACAUCUGCAUUACAUCCGCAAAGAUUAUGAGACCUGCAAGGCGAUUAUUAAAGAGCAACUGCAUGAAACCCAAGGCAUGUGUGAAUAUGCUGUGUAUGUGCAAGCUCUGAUCAUGCGUUUAGAAGGGAAGAUCCAGCAGUCUUUGGAGUUGUUUCAGAGUUGUGCGAUUCUCAAUCCCAAGAGCUCAGACAACCUCAAGCAAGUGGCGCGAUCCCUUUUUCUUUUAGGGAAACACAAGGCUGCUAUUGAGGUUUAUAAUGAAGCUGCAUGUCUAAAUCAUAAAGACUGGGAAAUCAGCCAUAAUCUGGGCGUUUGCUACAUCUACACCAAAGACUUCAAGAGUGCAGAAGAGCAUUUGAAUCUGGCGCUGCAGCUGAAUAAACAUGAUUUGACCUACAUGAUGCUGGGAAAAAUGCACUUACUGCAGGGCGACACAGAGAAGGCCAUCGAGAUCUACAAGAGCGCUGUCGAAUUUUCCCCUGAGAACACUGAGCUCUUGAGUACACUCGGCCUGCUCUACAUGCAGCUCGGCAAAUAUCAAAAAGCCUUUGAACACCUCGGAAACGCUCUGACAUAUGACCCCAAUAACUUCAAGGCUAUCCUCGCGGCCGGCAGCAUGAUGCAGACUCAUGGAGAUUUCGACGUGGCCAUGAAUAAAUAUCGUGUGGCGGCGUAUGCCAUCCCUGAAAGCCCCCCACUCUGGAAUAACAUCGGAAUGUGCUUCUUCGGCAAAAAGAAAUAUGUGGCUGCCAUCAGCUGUCUGAAGCGUGCCAACUAUCUCUCGCCGUUCGACUGGAAGAUUCUUUAUAAUCUGGGUUUGGUUCACUUGACCAUGCAGCAGUAUGCAUCGGCAUUUCACUUCCUGAGCGCUGCCAUCAACCUGCAGCCACGCAUGAGCGAGCUGUACAUGCUACUGGCAGUUGCCCUGACUAAUCUGGAUGACGCGGAUAACGCCCGCAGAUCUUACGAGCAGGCGAUACAGCUAGAUGAGUCAAACCCACUGGUGAAUCUCAACUUUGCAGUGUUUCUGUAUAAUCAGGGCGAUAAGAAAGCCACCCUGCUGCAAUACCAGGAAAUGGAGAGGAAAGUCCAUGCCCAGGUCGACAACAGCAGCAACACUGAGUUUGACCCAGAGCUGAUUGAAAUGGCGCAGAAGAUGGGUGCCGCUCUGCAGGUAGGUGAGAAUCUGUACUGGAGUAAACCGGGCAAAGAUGCCAAGAGUAGCCAGAGAUCGUCCUCCAGCAAACCCAGCAGCUCUCAGCAGCCUCUGGGCACCAAUCAGGCCCUGGGUCAAGCCAUGUCUUCAGCUGCAGGAUACAGCAAGAGCAUGCAGAUAACCACAGGAUCUGAGGUGGACAGCGCCCCCUCUGCCUCCGCAGAUGUUCCCAGAGAUGUUGAAGAUCAGGACGAGAACGAGGUUGAGGCGGCGGCCGAACCGGCCAAACGUAAAGAGAAGAGGAGCAAACCGAAAGCAGCGGCUGAAUAGUGUGCAGUUUACGUGCUCUGGGCUCAAAAUAAGAUUUAUUUUCAAAGCUUAAAAGGUUUAUAAAGUAUAUUUACUGCAUAACUUGUGAAUGUAAAGCAUUUGUAUGUAUGUAGGAAAUGUAUGAAUUAGGGUGCCACGUUUGCAGGUUACAAUCACAGGGUUGUUAACACUGUCAGGCUCAUUUUAUGACCUCUUUUGGAUCUGCAGAUGAUGGGAUUUUACAUUACAUUAAUGUAGAAGGUUAAUUUGUGUCUGCCCUCUUUUAGAAAGGUUAUUUUGUUUAAAAGUAUGUGCUUGCUUCUCACAGAAAUAAUACUUUUUAUUGGUCUUUCAAACAUAAUUGCAUGCUAAUGCAAAGGAAACACAAAGCCAUUUCAUAAUUAGAUCAACAGAUUUAUUUAUAUAAAAAAUAUUCCUUACUCAAGUUAACCGAGCUAAAUAUUUCCAGUCUUGACGCUAUGAUUUAAAGACUUCGUUUUGCCCGGUAACUGUUAAAAGACUUUGCAUAAACACUUGUGCAUCACUACAUCAUUUUUUAUGGUCUAUUACUUGCAUGGAUGUAUUAACUUGCUAGUUUCUCUAAACAACAUGUUUGGACAUCUGCGUCAAACAAUGUUUUGUUUACCCAUUUGUACAUUUGACAUUGACAUCAUAAUAAAAAUGUAUUCUAUAUACAACAUUGGCAAUUGCAACGCA